AUGGAACUGGGGCAGGGAAAGAAGGCCUUUCAGAAGCGAUUUCAGGAAUCAUUCAAGAUGCAGGAGAGGGGAACUGUGAAGCAGUCAACGGAUAUGGAAGCAACACAAGUAGAACCUAAGAGAAAAAAUCAAGAACAGCUCAAAGAGGAGCAGAAGCGUUCAGACGUUGAGCUUGCAACAGGCAGGACAGGGACAGAGCUCAACGAUCGCAAGAACAUCGUUGUUCAGGUGGAGAAGAAACAGAAGAGACAAGAGGAGCCGCUGCAGGCAAGCUCUCAGACGCAGGUUGAAGUUGCCGGGAAGCCUAAGAAACAGAAGAAGAAGAAGAAGGAGCAGGAAGAAAGGAGGAGCCAGGUUUCGCAUGUGGUGAGUGAGAAGAACGUAUCCAGUAAGGAAACAUUACCCCAGGCUGAGGUUGAGAAGGUAACUGAGGAGCACCGCAAACAGGAGAAGGGACUUGAAGGCAGCAUUGCGAAAUCGGAAGAUCAAGAACGGGAGGAGAGGGAGAGUGAUCAGGAAAUAACGUCUCACAACCUCGAAGACGAGGAAGAGCUGCGUCACUUAAAAGAAAUACUCUUUCAAUACAGAACUCAGGUAAAGGGGAUACAACUGCAAUACAGCCGUCGGAAAGAAGAACUAGCAAAAGCAAGGAUGGGCAUGAACGAACCAGGCGAUGCCAGUUCUCAGGCAGGCGGACGUCAUAGAAAGAAUGAAGAAACGCCAAAGACCAACAUACACGUGAAAGAAUCAAGGCAUGUUCUUUCGCAGAUUGGGGAACAACGCGGAAAUUGGAAAGAGGAAUGGUCAACGACCAUGAUGCGCAUGCAACAAGAACAUUUCCACACAGGGGGACGAAAUGUAGUAAAUGAACCGGAACCGUCAAAGGCCAAGAUAGGCAUUAAAGAAACAAGCAGUGUCGGUUCUUAUACAGGGGAAAUCAAUGCAAACAAGGAGAAAGAACCGUCAACGACCAAUGUGAGCAUUACAGACGCAAGAAAUAGCAGUUCUCAGACUUGGGAAAUAAAUGUAGGCAACAAAGUGGAACCGUCGAAGACCAAGGCGAUUAAGAAAGAAACUAAGGAUAUUCCUCUUCACACAAGCGGACGAAAUGUAGGUAAUGAAGUGGAGCCGCCAAACCACAAGGCCAACAUGAAAGAAACUAGGGAUCUUACUCCUCAAGCGAGCGGACGAAAUGUAAGUAAUGAAGUGGAAGCGUCAAAGGCCAAGAUGAGCAUGAAGGAAAAUAGCAAUAUCAGUUCCCAGACCAGGGAAAUCAUGGUUAACGAUGCAGUGGAAGCGUCAAAGGCCAAGACGGUCAUGAAAGAAACUAGGGAUCUUCGUCCUCAAACAAGCGGACGAAAUGUAGAUAAUGAAGAGGAACCGCCAAAGACCAAGACGGUUAUGGAAGAAAAUAGCAAUAUGAGUUCCCAGACCAGGGCAAUCAUGGCUAACGAUGCAGUGGAACCGCCAAAGACCAAGACGGUCAUGAAGGAAAAUAGCAAUAUCAGUUCCCAGACCAGGGAAAUCAUGGUUAACGAUGAAGUGGAACCGCCAAAGACCAAGACGGUAAUGAAAGAAGCUCGUGAUAUCCGCCUUCACACAGGGGAACGAAAUGUAAACAAUGAAGUGGAAGCGUCAAAGGCCAAGAUGAGCAUGAAAGAAAAUAGCAAUAUGAGUUCCCAGACAAGGGAAAUCAUGGUUAACGAUGCAGUGGUACCGCCAAAGACCAAGACGGUCAUGAAGGAAAAUAGCAAUAUCAGUUUCCAGACAAGGGAAAUCAUGGUUAACGAUGCAGUGGAAGCGUCAAAGGCCAAGACGGUCAUGAAAGAAACUAGGGAUCUUCGUCCUCAAACAAGCGGACGAAAUGUAGAUAAUGAAGUGGAAGCGUCUAAGGCCAAGAUGAGCACGAAAGAUAAUAGCAAUAUCAUUUCUCAGACAAGGGAAACCAUUGUAAACAAUGAUGUGGUACUGCCAAAGACCAAGACUGUCAUGAAAGAAGCUAUGUAUGUCCGCCCUCACAAGGGGGAACGAAAUGUAAAUAGUGAAGUCGAACCGUCAAACGUCGAGAUGAGUAUGAAAGAAGAGAGCGCUAUCCGCACUAAGGCAACGAAAGAAAAGCAAAAACUUCAGUUUGCUCCGUUUCAGUCGAUGAAAGACACGCAGGAGCUGGUACAAGAACUGCCCCAGACACGAAUCAAGGGAGGAGUCGAGGCAAAGUAUGAAGCCUCGACCAGGAUACAGGGAAGCGAUUCUCCCAAGGAAGAUAGGAAGACGAAGCUGCUGGAACAUAGCCAUGUUGAGACAGAGAGACAGCUCAAGUCUAGCAAACAGCCAAUUCGAUCGAAAGCAGAGCAAAAACCUCAGAUGCGAGAUGACACAGGGGCACAGGCAAUGACCCCUUUGCAGGAUGAGGGUACUGGAGCACUUCCGUCUGGCAAGCAAAACAAUGAAUUCGAACCGCAGGUGGAAAAGGCUAUGGAAGACAAACGGAGGGGAAAUCAGGAAUCAUCCCAAACUGGAGCUUCACAGGCGAAGCACGAAGUAGCCGGAAGGACACUGGGAAAGGAUUCCCAGAAACAGGUUGAUGAGAAGGGUAGAGAGCAAGGGGAAAUGGAGACAGAGAAACAGUUCAACUCGAGCGAGAAACCGCCUAACAAAAGCGCUGAUCCGUCAAACGAGAUCCAGCAACACCAUCGCGUGAGCGAUGAGCAAGUGGUAACGGUGAUGGAAUCCUUUGAGGCACCCUUAACGGAAGAAGGCUCUCUUCAGUCUGAGCAACAAAACCAAGAGCUCGAACCAAAAGUGACAAAGACGUCUAGAACAGAAAUCCCGCUCCCAACAAACGUGACGAACCGUUUCUCCAUUUCCAGCGAAAGUUCCAUCACGAUAGAUGCCAACACUGCCAAAAAGUUGGACGAAAAGGAAGGAGCCUGUCCGAUUCCGCUGAGAAAUGCUUCGCACAUGAUCAACUGCGUUGAGUUUUAUCGAUGGCUUUGUCGAAAUGGAGCAGGAGCAACACCCCAGGAGGUGAUGGAGAAAUCAUCCCAUGCAUCGGAGAUGGAAAAAUCGAGGAAUGUGACUGAGUCUAAACCAGAAGUUCCACAAAGAGGGGAGCCUGGUCGCAUUCCACCAUAUUUCAGAAAAAUCGAAAAGCCCAGAACAGAACCUGAAGCAGUGACAACUGACGAAAAGCCUCGAUUCCUUUCUCAUUCGAGACCUCUCAGGAGCACCGACGACACAGAGGUCCACCUGUUAACUCAAGAAGAUAAAACAUUCGCCAGUAAAUCAUUGGCGGUGCACAAUUCAUUCAGGGCGAAGCAUGGUGUUCCUCCCCUCAAACUCAACCUAAAGAUGUGCGGGGAAGCGAAGAAACGUGCGAAACAUCUGUGCGACUUGGAGCGGCUGGACCAUCGACUCCAUCGGAAAUACGGGGAGAACAUCUACCGAACCCGAACCACAGACGAUAACUUUAAUGUCACUCCUCACACUCCAAUCGAGAAGUGGUAUGCCGAGAUCCGACAUCAUAACUUCGGCCAUGAACUCUCUGGCAAUUUACCAUCCGGGCAUUUCACCCAAGUGGUUUGGAAGGAAACGGAGGAGUUGGGCGUCGCUCGUGAGAAAUCCAAGAAUGGUUACGUCGUUGUGGUCGCGUUUUAUUUCCCACAGGGGAACGUCGUGGAGAAAUUCGCCGAAAACGUUCCCCCUCCCAUGAAAUUUAACUCAUUGAACCUGGAAAUACGGUCUCCACGAAGUUCCAAUUCAAAAACCAGGGUGUCUUUCGCACUUGAAGAAGGUCUCAGCGAUGACGUGUUCGCAGAUGGAUCUCCGGAAAUCCUUGGCAGCGACGGUGAAAUAAAUGGUUCCCCUGCUUGGAAACUCGGUGAUUGGUAUUUAAAUACUCCCUUUUGUACGUGUUACCUCACGCUGAAGUUUCUUCAUCAGGAAGCCCAGGGGUUGACGCAAGAUGACGCAACGUUCGCCUUUCAAUCGUUGAAGGCCCACAAUAUGUACCGGGCGAAACACGGUGUCCCUACUCUCGAACUCAACAUACAGAUGUGCGGGGAAGCGAAGGAAUGGAUGGAACAUCUUCGUGAUUUGGAACGGUUGGAGCAUCGACUCCACUGGAAAUACGGAGAGAACAUCUACUUUGUACGAUCCACAGGCAAUAACUUCACCGUCACGCCUCAUGAGUCCGUCAAGAAAUGGUAUUCCGAGAUCCAGCGUCAUCAAUUCGGCCAUGAACCCUCUGGUCACCUUUCAUCCGUAGCUUCUGCAACAGAUGACUUGAAACGAGAUAUUGAUAAAUGGGUCUCAGCAGAUGCAAACGGACAUUUCACCCAAGUGGUUUGGAAGGAUACAAAAGAGUUGGGAGUCGCUCAUGGGAAAUCCAAGAAUGGUGACAUCAUUGUGGUCGCGUUUUAUUUCCCACAGGGGAACUUCGCAAAGAAAUUCACAGAAAACCCGGACGUCGAUCUCGACUAUAUCCAACUUCUCGUGGAACUUCAUUUUAGGGCGUCUCCUGACUCGCAAGAGCAUCCCAGUGAUGACGUGAUGGCAAAUGAUCCCCCGGAAAUCCAUGAAAGCAACAGGGAACUGCAUGACCGUCCUGCAUCGAAACUUAUCGAAUGA